AGAAAUGAGUUUAUUAGAGGAACAAGGAGGAAAAGAGGAAGGCCAAGGAGGAGGAGAGACGCACAUGGCGUCGUUUCUCCUCAACUUCCGUAGAACUUCCGGGUUAGCAAAGAAAAUGGCGGGCCAUCACAACAUAGACACAAUGGAGAAUCUUGAAGAUGGAGAAAUUAGCGGCUCUGAUUCCGAGUCCGAAAUGCAUUCAAAUACCUGGCUGCAGAUGCCUUCUGCAGGAGCUUUUUCAACCCGGCACUUCCAGAGCAGAGAUUGCUCACAGACUGCUCCAUAUAGCACCAGCUACCGCAGCUCUAUUGCAACCGACUCCAGCGACAGCGACUCGGAGGAAGAGGCUGCUUUGUGGAGGCGAAAGCGUCAGAAAUGCAACAACGUUCCUCCGCCUGCACCCCCCACAGCUCCCACUGCUGCAGGACCUCCAGGACGUAAAGUGAACAACAUCUGGGGCUCUGUGGUGCAGGAGCAAAGCCAGGAGGCCGUCGCAGCUGAACUCGGCAUCAUGGGAAUGGAGGGGGGAGUCACUAUGGAUAGUCGCCAGUGUGAGACCUACAACUACUUGCUGGCACGUAAGUUGAUGAAAAAGGAGAAAGAGGAUGAAGAGCAGGGUGUGGAGAGCAUGCUGGAAGGGCAGCUAGAGGAAUACAUGCAACACGGUGGACAGGACGAGAAGAGCGACGUCUAUCUGAAGAGGAAGCGACCAGUCAAGCAACGGCUUGGUCCUAAAUCGGAGAUGGACAUUAAAGGGAGAUACGAGAUCACUGAGGAUGACCCUGAAGAUAAAGUGAUUGAUGAAAUAGCACAUAGGUUAAUGGAGCCUAAGAGGGAAUUAAUUGAGCGUGUCGUGAAGGUGAUUGGCACAAAGAAAGCGAUCGAGCUUCUGUCCGAAACGGCAACGAUUGAACAAAGUGGGGGUCUUUACACGAUGGAUCGCAGUAGAAGACGGACACCUGGAGGGGUUUAUCUGAACUUGCUAAAAAACACCCCCAGUAUUUCUCUUGAUCAGGUCAAGGAAAUAUUUUUUGAGGAGAACCAGAAAGAGUAUACCAGCAAGAAGGCAAACAAGAAGGCAGCCAAGCAGCGGCAAAAAUACUUAACAGCCAAGAAAAUGAAGCAGGCGAUCAACACUUUGAACCUGCAGGAGCACGAUGACGUUUCUCGAGAAACAUUUGCCAGUGACACCAACGAGGCUUUGGAGUCACUGGAGGAUGGGGGUGAGGACCAGCCUGAACCUGCAAUGGGCACAGAGGACACUCCGGUAGUGUACAACCCAAUUGACCUGGAGGUCUUCUGAUUGUGUAUGUGAGUGACUGUGUAGACAGUGACCAUAUAAUAAAGUUUGCUGUCACCUUGCUGUCAGUGAUGUGGCAGAUCAGAUUGCAUUUAACAUGAGUUUUCCUAAAGUGCGAGGCGAGACAGGUUUUGCAUUGCAUAAAGGUGCGUGUCUUAACAAGCUCGGAAACCAUACGCUGCUUUCACAGUAGUUAUUUGGCCUAUAUUUGUUAUUUCUAAGUGAGAAAAAGGCAGAGUGUGAUCCCGUCACAGUCACAGCUCUAUUGAUUAACAAUAUUGUGCUUAAUUCAAAUCAACACCGAGCAUCCGUCACAAUCUAGUAGUAAUGAUGCUUCGUCCAUCUUUUACUUGUUCUGCCUGUCAUUGACUAACCACAAUGUUUAAUCUGUAUUGUGUAAAAUGGCACUACACUAAGCAUUUAGAAUACUCAUGGUGUUAUGUGAGUGUUUGGAUGAUGAAUAAAACGCACUUGUGUAAGAUUUAUGUUUAUUACAGAAUCCUUAAUUACAUAAUUUUAAAAUAAAGCUUAAUUUAGAAUCA